GGAAAGUAGGCCCGGAGACUUCAGUUCGAUUCGGCCUAACACACACAAGACACACUCAGCAUACCCACAAAAUACUCCAAUCUUACCCCCUAAAACACUUUCGAAUCCUUUAGCAAAUACUCACAAUACACAUGAACACACAUAAAGCAAAAAUCCUUAUCCAAGUCGGAGACAAAAUCAGUUCGAAGCUCGUCCUCACGUAGUUCGAAACCCACAUUUUUCGGUUAUUGUUAAAUACAAAAAAUCCUCUAAAAAUCGCAUCGGUCCUCCUGCCACAAAAACAAACGCAAAAAGACGCAUAUUCCCCUUAAAAAAAAAAUAAAUUAGAAAAGAAAUUGGACAGUAAAAUCGCAAAGAUCACGGAUUAGCCGGACAAGUUAGCCCCCGAAGACGGCCGACAUGCAGAAGGGAGUCAAGGACAAGGAGAACCGGACCACCAACACGGCUCCGGACAUCCACGACUACCAUCAACAGCAGCAGCAGUCGCAGUCGCAGUCCAAUCCCUCCAAGCCUAAUGAAGGCUUCCUUGGCAGCUUCCUUUCAAAGGGCCUGAAAACCAACCAGCUGGUGGUGAACACGGAUGAGAAGACCCUGCGACCCGUCGCUCGUUUGAAGGAGCCGCGCGAUCUCUUCGCCCUGCCGAAGGACAAGGACAAUGACUGCUCACAGCAGGCCCCCAGAUGGCCGGUCGAGUGCCAGGUCAUCGAGGAGCGAAUCACACACAUUCCGUACGUGCCCCCAACGCCGGAGCCCCUCAACGCUCCCACGGGAAACGAACUGAAGCCGCGGCCCGUCGGCGAGGAGAACGGCAUCGUCGUCUUUAGUUAUAGUCCGAUCAGUGCCGUUAAUUACGAAAAGCCAAAGGUGAAGAAGGAGGAGGAUGAAUCGAGCGACGAGUCGGACUACUCCUCGGACUCCCGCUUGGACUCCACGCCCCCCAGCCGGGCCACGCCCAUGCGAUUGACGGGGGGCGGGAGCUGUGCCCGCGGCAAGAUCAACAGCGUCUCCAAAAUGAUCAACAAUGUGGACAAUAGAUCCACCAGUGCCUCCUUGGACGACAACGAUGACUACGAUGAUGAGGAGUAUGACACGAGUGGAGGAGGCGGCGGAGGGGGUGAGGCCAGGGAGAAGGCCAUGAUCAAGGAUCUCAUCGAGGCGAAGAAGAAGCGCUACCAGGAGGAGUCGGGCAUGACGGCCAGGAACUCCCGGGCGGGGAGCCGUUCGGAGGCCAGCAAGGAUCCCAGCGACAUCGACAACAUCUGGAAGAACAACACCAGCGAGUACAAGCCCGCCUCUCCGCGCUACAUCCUCAGCCAGUUUGGCAAGAACGUGGUCAUCGACCGGCUAGCGGAUGAGGACGAUCCCUCCCUAACAAACGGAGGCGAUGGCGGCGGUGGAGGAGGAGGAUCUGGAACCCAAAAGGUAUCAAGCAAGUUCGCAGUUACCCCCGUCAAGUUGCCCAAAACGAACAUAGCCCGCUUGGAGGUGGCCUUCGAGCGGAGCAAUCGCGACCCAGUCUCCACCUCGUCCUCGGGCGGCCAGACCCACUCCCGGAAACGUAAACGCGGGGGUGCCCUUAGCAUGGGGAAUGAAAACGAUGGUCCCGGUACCAGCAGCACCGAGGAUACCAGCAGCUCCAGUCUCGGGGAGGACGAGGAGGAGGACGAAGACGAUGACGAUGACGAGGAGUUGGACGAGACCGAUACGGAGGAUUCCGGUAGCGGUGAGACGGUCUGCCAGGCCGAGCCCGUAACCGAUUGCAGUCAGUCCGCUGACGGAUCGGGGCUAGGAGUUGGCUACUCGCCCAGAUUGGCAGGCGGGGCCGAGAAGCGCACUGGUCCUGGUUCCGGUUCCGUUUCGGACACGGAGACUCUGGUGGGGGACGAGAGCAGGAGCAGGCUAGCAUGCGGGGGCCACCACCAGCAGCAUGGGGAGUACUCCACCCAUGCCGGAAUGACAGCGCCAGGGCCGGCAAAGAUGCGCCAGCCGCAGGGACGACCGCCUAACCGGUCAGUGCCCUACACCCAUGCGGCCACAGUGGCGGCAGCGGCAGCCUCCGCGGCGGCAGCGGCCAGGGGUCGACAUCGCGACAUAGAAAGCUUCCAGGCUUCGCUGAUUCAAGACCCAGACUCAAGAGUAGCCGGCGGCAUGGUGAUGGGCAUGGGCAUGGGGAGUGGAGCAGGCACUGGCACCGGCACUGGCACUUCCAGCACCAUUAGCACCUCGACACCGGGUGGGGGCAGUAGUGGUGGCAUGGGGAACAGCGUUUUCCGGCUGAGCAAGGAGCAGCAGCAGCAGCAUCAGCAACAGCUGCUGCCGCCCGGAUUGAUUCCGAUGGCCAGCCAGGAAACGACUGGAACAACAACCACGACCAGUACUAACCAGGAUACGACCACCUCGUCGCAAUCCUUUCUUUCCUCCGAUUUAACCCAAGCACAGUUCAGCCGAUCGGCGGUGGGCGGUGCCCGGUUCGUCACCAACUGCCAUCCGAUGAAUCCAGAGGAGUACGACGGCCUGGAGUUCGAGUCGCGCUUCGAGAGCGGCAACCUGGCCAAGGCGGUGCAGAUCACGCCCACCUACUACGAGCUCUACCUGCGUCCCGAUCUCUACACCAGCCGGUCGAAGCAAUGGUUCUACUUCCGUGUCCGACGCACCCGGCGUAAGAUGCUCUACCGCUUCUCGAUCGUGAAUCUGGUCAAGUCCGAUAGCCUCUACAACGACGGCAUGCAGCCGGUGAUGUACUCGACGCUGGGCGCCAAAGAGAAGAGCGAGGGCUGGCGGCGAUGCGGCGACAACAUCUGCUACUAUCGCAACGAUGAUGAGAGUGCUGGGAAUAGCGCCAACGAGGAUGAGGAGGACAACUCCACCUACACUCUAACCUUCACCAUCGAGUUCGAGCACGACGACGAUACGGUAUUCUUUGCGCACAGCUACCCGUACACAUACAGCGACCUGCAGGACUACCUCAUGGAGAUCCAACGCCAUCCGGUCAAGUCAAAGUUCUGCAAACUGCGCCUCCUCUGCCGCACCCUGGCGGGCAACAAUGUGUACUAUCUGACUGUGACAGCGCCCUCUAGCAACGAGGAGAAUAUGCGGCGAAAAAAAUCGAUAGUGGUGUCGGCGAGAGUUCAUCCCAGCGAGACACCGGCGUCGUGGAUGAUGAAGGGUCUGAUGGACUUCAUCACCGGUGACACAACGGUGGCCAAGCGACUGCGCCACAAGUUCAUAUUCAAGCUGGUGCCGAUGCUGAAUCCGGACGGAGUCAUUGUGGGCAACACCCGUAACUCGCUGACGGGCAAGGAUCUGAACCGUCAGUACCGUACGGUUAUCCGCGAGACAUAUCCAUCCAUUUGGUAUACCAAAGCCAUGAUUAGAAGACUGAUUGAGGAAUGCGGCGUGGCCAUGUACUGUGAUAUGCACGCACACUCACGCAAACACAACAUAUUCAUAUAUGGCUGUGAGAACAAGCGCAACCCAGAGAAGAAGCUCACCGAGCAGGUCUUUCCCCUGAUGUUGCACAAAAACAGUGCGGAUCGGUUCUCAUUUGAGAGCUGCAAGUUCAAGAUCCAACGAAGCAAGGAGGGCACCGGCCGCAUCGUUGUCUGGAUGCUGGGCAUCACCAAUAGCUACACGAUCGAGGCCUCCUUCGGCGGCUCCUCCCUGGGAUCGCGUAAGGGGACACACUUUAACACGCAGGAUUACGAGCACAUGGGACGAGCAUUUUGUGAGACACUUUUGGACUACUGCGAUGAGAAUCCGAACAAAGUAAAGCGGCACGCAAAGUUGUUUAGACAAAUCAAAAAGAUAAGAAAACGCGAGAAACGCGAACAGAAAGCAUUGAAAUUACAGAAAAUGGCCGAUCAGAUUUUAAAUUUACUCAAACAACAGGACAGACUACGAUCCAAAAUCAUCGAAAGACUGAUGCGAGAAGGCUCUAGUGCCGACGAGCCAUUAAAUAUACCUUUGUCAGAUUACUCAAGCGAUGAGGGCAAUUGCAGCUCGAGUUCCGAUAACGAGGGCAAGCACUCGAUAACAGCCUCCGAUUUGGAGGGCCCUUGUUGUGCGCCCACCCGAGCACCGCCCAGUUCGCCAGAGGUGAUCCACGAGAUACGCAAGUUCCGCAUGCGACGCAUGCGCAAAGUGAUGCACGAGCUGGACAGGAUCUACUUUACGCCCCUGUUCCAACGCAAAUUCAAAACGCUGACCACUCUGAAACGGCGGCGCCACAAGCUGGGCUGCAAGACGGCCGUGCCACCCAAGCGCUUGAAAGCUGGCGCCGCUGGAGAUGCCACGCCGGGUGGAACAGCUGCCCCCAGUGAGUCCGGGGCAGUCCAGCAGCAGCAACUGGCGCCACAACCCCAACAGCAGCAACUGCCACAGCAGUCGGCGCUCCAACAACGCAAGCAACUGGGCGUGAGGAACCUGCCGCCGAAAAGGACCCAUCAGAUGGUGUCCACGGCCAGUUCGGAGAGUUCCGAAAGCGGAGACUCCGACUCCGAGUCGCAGCGGGAUCAGGACUCGAGUGCCAGCACCAAUGUCAGCGGCGCCAGUGUCGGGCUGGAGGCGAAGCGGAAGCACAAGGCCACCGGGCCCAAGAAAUCGGGCAAGAAGAAGAAGUUCAUGCCCACCGAAAAGAAGAAGACGGUGGUCAACCAGAAGCUCCAUGUGGACCGCAACUUCCGGCUGUGGCUGGCCAAUCGACGAAUCUACAUCUAUCGCCGUAAAAAGGUGACCACGCAGGCGCGCCGCACCCGGGUGAGGAACAAGCCGCCCAAGAAACGCGGCGAGGUGGUACGCACCACAUUGGACUUGCCCACCACGGAUCCGGGCUCGGAUCUGCACUUCUCCACCGACGACGAGGAGCACUCGCCGGCAUCCGGCCAUAAUGGCUACGGAGCAGUGGCUCCACUCCGGCACACACUGCUGCAGAGCGAUCUCCAGAGGCGCUACAUCGAGGAGAUUGGCGACACAGUGGUCCAGAAGCCGAAGCCGGCGAACAUGCCGCCAGAGCUGAUAGUGACCACGCCCUCGAAGAGCGGCACGCCGGGCGGCGGCAAGAAACUGGAUGUCUACAAGCUGACGCCGCGCACGGCCCCUGAGCUGGAGGGAGGCGGUGGCCACCACAUGAACGCCAUAUUGCACCGACAGGGCGGUGGCGUCGUAGCGGGCGGAACUUCGGCCCGACGCACCUACUCCUGGCACAACCUCGACCAGCAGGACAUACCCAGCGGCAGUGGAGGUCAGAACAAGGCCAACUUCUUUAUGGGCGGCGACGCCAAGCCCACCAUGAAGGCGAUGCCCAAGCCGCCACCCAGAAGGAGCGUUCCGAGCAACUUUAUCCCCCAGCGACAUGGCGCCAACGGGCCCAGUGCCGAUGACUUGCAACUGAAGCUGUCGCUCAAGAAGAAGGUCUGGACGGGGGCACACGGAGAGCCGGACGGACGGCCGCUGGCCUGGUACAAGGGACACUCGAUACCCGGUCCUCAGAUGCAGGGCGCCAACACAGCUGGCGUCGGAGUCCGCAGUGCAGGUGGCGGAGGCGGUGGCAACGUGGGCAGUGGCCAUGGCCGGAGCAUGUACACCGCCAGUGGCCGGGAGGCGGCCGCUGUGGCAGCUGCCUCCGGAGGAAUGGCCAUGGGCGUGCCGCCGGCAUUUAUGGGAGCGCCGCGAAAGCCCCGGAAGCUGGAGCAAGUGGAUCUGUUCAAUGCCUGCUCCCAGAAGCUGCUACUGUGGCAGCAGCAGGAGGAGACGAAGCGCAACCACCCGCAUCCUUCCCAGCGCCUGAUGAAGGUGGAGGACCAGCAGCAACAGCACCAGCACCACCAACGCGAACGAGAGCGAGAACGCGAGCAGCACCAGCGGGACAUGAUGCGGGCCUUCAAGCCGAUGCAGCUGUCCAAGAAGGCGAUGGGCCAGGGCCAUGCCAAGGCCAUGCAACAGGGCAUGGUGGGCGAGUCGGGCGGCAAGGUGAAGCGCAAGUCCAGCAGCCUGAUGAAGAUAGCGGAGACCACACAGCUGGUCACGCGGUUCGCCCGAAAUCGCAGCAGUGCUGGCGGAUCCGCCGUUCAGCAGCAGCAGCAGCAGCCAGGACAGCAAUCCCAGAUGCCGAUGCAUCAGCAGAGGAUCAUGUUCAAGGGCGGAGCCGGUGGCGCCAUGGCCGGACGAAUGCAUUCCGCCGGAGUGCUGGGCGGAGGCGGCGGCGGAGUACGGGCUCCGAAUAAAUUCAAAACCGGCGGCCUGGUGAUCACGGCCGUCCAACAGCCGGCCAAUGUGCCCGGUGGCAGCUCCCGGCGGAUGCGAAAUGCUGCCGGCCUGCAUGCCAAGAGCAGUACGGGCAUCGUGGGCUCAGGCUCCGGUUCCGGAACAAUGCAUUUCCAGACAACGCGUGGCAGCGGCGGCAACAUGCCCCUGGCCAACAAAUCCUCCACGGCCAUCACCCUGGACACCGUCAAUCUCGUCCGCAAGGUGAAGACCAAGCUGAAGAAGCGCAAAUCCCGGACACUGUCGACCGGAGCGCCCAAGUAAACGGAUGAUCCCUGUCCAGAUCCCGUCCAGAAGAUAACCGUGCUGCUACUACUACUCCUCGCGCAUAUUCGAAACAUAUUCUGGUCCAGUUUUGAGUUUCCAAAAUUAUGUAGACAUCGAUGAUGGAGUUUUACCGAUCUAGAUAGAUGAUCCUUUUGGUCAGAUAUAUUCUUAUCCCAAGUAACAAAUCCCCUCUCGCCCUCACACACGUUUUGGUUGCGAUUUUAAAAACGAAACGAAAACGAGAUCCAAAAUUUUAGUCCAAUUCUCUAGGCAAGGCAAAAAAGGAAUAGCAAAAUUAUCAAAAUAAUUCAUAUAAAUAUGUGGAUAUAUGUAUAAUCUGUAAUCUGUAGCAGUACGCAUAUGUAAUCGUGUUUCCAGUAAUCCCUCAAUCUCUGUACCUAUACAGUUUAAUCCCUAAAAUAAUGUUUAAAGUCCAAACAAGA